AUGCAUGAUCUGAAGAUUCGCUGCGAUAGGGCAAAGCCUGCCUGCGAAAAUUGUCGCCUGGGUGGUGUGGUGUGUGUCUUUACUCCCUUACCACCGCGCAAAAGCCCCCGCGAACAGCUUGAAGAGGCCCGAGCUCAAAUAAAACAUUUAGAAGAAACCCUGCGCGUGGAAAGAGCAAGCCAGAAUCGCUCUCAAUCUUCUGCUCUUGCGCCUACUAUCAGUCUGUUCGAUCCAUGCGGGUUUGAGACCACCCUAGCAGCCUUUCGAUGGCAUCUUCAAUUCUGCACUCCGGGAGUUGAUCCCAAUACGCAGCUAGAUUCCCUUUUUGAUUUUGAAGCUUUUUCUCACGGGCUGAAGCAGUCGCUUGACUUGCCACAUUCCAUCCCGACCAAGGUGAUCACACCAAAAUGGCCCUCUCAUCUUAUGAUGCAACAAUCACUUGAAUACUACGAGAACAAUAGGCUCUAUGCGAUUUUUCCGAUGGUGGACUCCGUGGCUUUGAGACGCCUUCUCGAAGCCAAUGACCAGGGCUCUCGCCAAGGGACGAUCAAUGCUGCCGACCGUGCCUGUCUGACCGCGCUCACAGCUUUCAUCACUCGACUGCGUCGUCAUGAACCUGCCUUUGCCGAGGCUGAUUCGAAUGCCUACAUGCAGGCUGUACUUUCAUCGCUGCCCCAACUUGUCAUGGAACAUACCAAUAUCCGGGUUUUAGAAGCUCUGCUUCUGCUUCUUUUGAUUUCCCUGGCAGUGCGAAUUCUCUAUAACCUGGGAGGCAACAUACAUAAGGCAGCUUCCCAAGACCCUGACCAGAUCCGGGUUCACCAGCACCUACGUGCUCUGUUCUGGGUCUGCUACUCUAUUGACAAGGAAAUGUCUCUUCGAAGAUGCCAACCACCGAUCAUCAAUGACGCCGAUUGUGAUCUAGAUCUUCCGGCUACCUAUGUUUCCGUGUCCUCCGAUCACCAAUUCUUCCAAUUCCAAUUGUCCUUACAAGAGCUUCUUUACCCGACGGAUCUUCGUCUCGCCGUGCUGAAGUCCAAAAUUUACCGUCUGCUCUACUCUCCUUCCAGUCUGAAGCAGCCUGAAGGCACACGCCUGCAGCUCAUUCGCGAAUUAGAUGAGGAAUUGAGCGACUUGAAAUCUCGCUUCCCAGCCGUCUGCCAGCCGGAUAUAUACACCCAAGGAGACAUGCCGGAUUCCCUGCUUCAUGAUCUCAGUCUGCGAGGUGUAAACACACACCUAGAAUACUACCAUUGCUUGGCCAAAAUCCACGGGGCAAGUAUUAGUGGGGAGAUUUCGACGACGGAGAGCCUGUCACCACCGUCAUCCAGUAUGGAACUUUGCUACCAGGCUGCACGAUCGACACUUUUAUAUAUCAGUCGAAUGCGUCGCCAUAUUUUCCAAGAAACAUUCUGGAUCUACGCUCAGUUUAUCCUGACGGCGGUUUUUGCUCUAUACCAGCGCAUCAUAACCAAUCCGCCCGAGUAUCACUUUCACGAGGAUCUUCGACUCUUGGAGAACACCCACGAAAUAUUCCUCGACCUCAAAAUAAAGGAUGAACAGGGUGCCUUUCCGCCGUUUGUAGUCACCGAGGCUCUCAUCCGAAGCUUGAUAUAUGCGGUCAAGUAG